AUGAAUAUAUUGAUCACUUACAAACGUCAACAAAAAGAAAUUCGCCCACGUUCAUUCGAGUCUGAUUCUGGCAACCCCGACAUACGUGAAUUGAGUAUCACAGAUAUUGCGAAAAAAUUUGAAAUACCACAUAUAAGUUCAAGGACGGUUGUACAAGAAUAUCCUCAGGCACGUUUGCAAGAAAUCGACGAGGAUGCUGACGAUAGCGAUUCUCUUGACGUGGUCAAUAUCGAAUGGAAUGGUAUGUUCUCAUGUAAAAACGACAAAGCCUACCGAUUAUUUUUGGGUCAACGUGUGGAAAUAAUGGAUGACAGUGUGCAGGCGAAAAGCAAAGAAGAAACAACUAUUUUUGAUCGGAUAGAUAUUGAAAUAGCUGCCAUUCUUUCACAGGCUGUUUAUGAAGAAAAUCCUAUUCAAUUUAUAAAUACAAAUUAUGGUUCAUGCAGCAGCAUUUCUACGAUGGUUGGCUUGAAAUUUGCCUGCAAGGCAUCUUUUCCAUAUCUGAUCGGAAUCACGAAAACAAAUGCAAACUCCGAGACAAUGUGGGUUGCAUUUAAAGGAACUCAAAACUGGAGCGAUAUUCUAACAGAUUUGCUGGUUAUUCCAACUCUAUCGAGUAAUGGUAUGGUUCAUAAAGGUUUUUGGAGUCGCUCUUCUCGAUUUCCACAUAUAAGAUUUGCAGAAGAAUGUUACAGAUCCUCACAGACUCGUCGACGCCUUAUAUUUACUGGCCAUUCAUUAGGUGGGAGUGUUGCGCAUCUUAGUGCACUAAGACAUUUAGCUGGUAAAAGUCACAUAGAAAAACCGCAAAUUUUCAGUAUCACAUUUGGCGCACCAUUUUUUGGUAACAAGACUGUUGCAGCAGAUUUAAUCCAUCGAAACUUAAAUGAACAUUUUUUGACAAUAGUCAAUUGCAGUGAUUGUGUACCAAACAUAUUGAACUUAAUUGAAACUGCUUCCGCAUUGCAAGCAACUGCACAACCUAGCCUUGCAUUGUGUAAAGACAUAAUUCAAACACUUCUUCCAUUAAAUGGUGCGCUAGGGAUGAUAACUAAGGAAAUAGCAGCAGGAAUGGUGAAGCAUCUGAAUACAAUAAUCCCGAACUUGAAAGAUUUCCUACAAAAUAUGAAUCUGGAGUACAAACCAAUUGGCACCUAUGGAUUUAUACAAACAUAUGCUUCGGAAAGCGGCAGCGGAAGAUGGGAAUGGGUAAUUAACUAUUUGAAUAACCAACUGAAAACUGUAACUGGUACGCAAAUAUUUAACGACUGUAUAUCAAAGAAACUCAAUGGGCUGUAUAGCGCACGCUCUCAAAAAUACACCGACGAAAGUCUUGUCAAUCAUUUUAUGAUAAAAUAUAUUGAAAGCUUAAAAUCUUGUCAAGUGAUCAAAGUAGACAGUCGUGGGACACAAGAAGUGAUCGAAUUGAAACAAUUCAAUGUGACAGUACAGUCGACAGUAGCCGUUUGUUGUAACAAUGAUUUAAAGAUUACAAUGCAAGGUGACAAUUUAGAUUUCAUAUCAUCUGACAAGCCCAACUGCUUAGAAUCAAUACCUGAACUAUUUCACAAAGACUCAUAUACUCUGAUUCCAGAACAAACUCAACAUCGAGCUAUUGUGACCUGCAAUGGACUUAUUCCAAGUGAACAACAGAUUAGAGUCGGCCCAAAACAAUUCUUUUUACACACACAUUUUGGCAAAAUUUCAUUUCAUUUUCAAUGGGAUCAACAUAUGGCAUCGUAUUCUGUUCAACGAGGAAUGUUCUCCAAACUGGAUAUGAAUUUUCUUAUAGCUGCUUUCCUUCGAUCGAUAUUUGCAUAUAUUCACUCAGAAGAACACUUGGGAAUUCGAGAUAUUCUGGAAGGUCACCCAACAAUUUUGCAAUUCUUUAUCAGAUUAGUUCAAAAUAGAUCACCGGACAAAUUUGAUCAAUUUAUAGAAACGCUUCAAAAACAUUUAAACGAAUUCGCUCGCCAAAAGAGCAAUAACGAAUCGCUUGUCAUUGAUCAAACAUUGUACAAUGAAUCGCUACCCGUCUUGCAAGCUUUGCAUGAAGAUUUAUCUGAAUUACCCAGUUAUGACUUUCAAAAGUCAUUCAAGGAAAUAGUGUCGGAUAAUCCACUACUAGCUUUUACAUGCGGUGCAGGAAUCGUUAUAGGACUUGCUGCUUGCUGUCAAGCAGCUCCUAUUGCACUAACGUGUGGCAAGGCAGUCAGCAUGAGCGCUGAGCUUGUUGCAUAUUAUGCAGGUGCAGAUAUAGUAUCGGGUAUUGGAAUACUCACAUGUGAAUUCAGUUCCUUCGGUCUAAUCAGCCUUACUCAUGGUACAAUCGAACGAUUGUUGUAUCAAAGUCACAUCAAUUUGUUAUUCGAAAGUAUGGGUGGCAAUUCAAGUAACUGUGCAAACGAGGAAAUGACGGAAUCUGAAAUAUGCAAAAUACUUAAUACCAAGUCAAUUAGUUUUAACACUAUUGAUAUCGCUGAUAUAAUAAACAGUUUAGACACAAUCAAAAGUAAGGAGAUAUUUGUACCAAACACGAAUGAUGAUCGUCCAACUUUGACUCGCACGACUGACGAAUCAAAAUAUCAAGCAUUCAGAUUAUUGCACGAUGUCUAUUAUAUCCAUGAAUUACGGAAGUGGAUGACUCAACAUAUCUAUAUCUCAUUCGUUGGCGCACAUCGUGCUGGUAAAUCGAGUCUUCUGAAAUCACUUUGGCAAAUACCUGCACAAGUUGGCGAUACAAUACAGAAGCGAACUAAACAAGUACGUCUGUACACACUAGAAGAUUCUGAAAAUAAUAAGAAAGUACAUAUAAUCGAUUUUCCUGGUAUAACUGAUCCUGAAAGGGAAAUACGUCAGUUCACUGACCAAUAUGCAAUAUGUAGUUCCUUUUAUGUAAUUGUGGCACAAGCAAGUUCGGAUUAUGAUUCAGCUACGAAUCUAAUUAAUCAAAUCACAAACACAAAUCCUACUGGUGAUCCACAAUCAGAUGAUAAUCAUGUACGAUCUCGCAAUACAUCAGUACCAUUCGUUGUCAUCGUCACACACAGUGAAAGCAUCACACGCCCAAUAGAGUCUGAACUAACAGAAUUGGCCAAUGAUCGUUUGAAAAUCGAUCGUGAUUUGAUUUGUCCAUGCUUCAACAAAGAAGCUGUGGGCAAUAAAAAUUAUGUAAACAAAUUUAAAGACGAUAAUUUGGCCGGUAUCGAAGAAGUUCGGAAAUUUCUUACCAAACAGUUUACGAAGGUCUUCGGAAAAGAUCAUAAUUUCGAUCAAUACAUGAAUUAUCGUUACAGACAGAACUAA